UGCGGGUUCUCUGUACGCAUCGCGUCCAUACCUUAAUAAUCGCGCUUUUAAAAAAGGUUUUACAUUUUAAGAGGUCAAUAUUUUCAUUGAAGAUUUUCGUGAAUAGGACGCUUGUAAAAUAAUCCGUCCGAAAUGGGGCGAAUUUCUUUGACAAUAUUAUGCGUCUUUGCUGGUUUAUUGAAAUUCAAUCCCACUUUUGCUGAAGAAUCUGAAAUUUUAGAGUUAACUUCACCCCUUGGUAAAGUUAAGGGAUCUUUUUUGGAAACCAGAUUGGGUAAAAAAAUCUAUUGCUUCAGAGGGAUUAGAUACGCAGAAGCUCCUGUUGGUCAAAAACGCUUUCAGCCAGCUGAACCAGUGAAAGCAUGGACUGAUGUAUUUGAUGCUUCUGUCGAAGGACCAGUAUGUCCGCAACCUGAUGUUGCCAUAAUGUCCGAAGAUUGCCUUCGAUUAAAUAUAUAUUCAAAUGAGUUGCCAACAAAAGAUAAGAAUGUGAAAAAACCAGUCAUUGUCUACUUCCAUCCUGGAGGUUUCUACGGUGGAUCAGGAAAAAGUGAUCGGCAAGGACCUGAAUAUUUGUUGGAUAAAGAAGUCCUUCUAGUCACAGUCAACUAUCGAAUUGGUUCCUUAGGAUUUAUGAGUUCAGGAGAUUCGCUAUUACCUGGAAAUCUUGGUCUUAAGGAUCAAGUGAUAGCUUUACGAUGGAUAAAAAAUAACAUAGCCUCCUUUGGUGGAGAUCCUGAUUGUGUGACAAUUAGUGGAUACAGUGCUGGCAGCUGGAGUGUUUCUUUACAUUUAGUUUCUCCAAUGUCAAAAGGUUUAUUUCACAGAGCAAUUUCUAUGAGUGGUACUGCUUAUUACCAAAAACCUCUUCCAAAAGAUCAAAAAAAUUUGGCUACCAAACAAGCUGAGAUUUUGGGUUGUCCGACUGAUACUGUUGGCAAUAUGUUGAUCUGCUUAAACACAAAAACUGCUGAAGAGUUUGCAAACUCUUUGAGUCAAUUUUGCGAAUGGCAUGGUGAUCCAAUUUUAGUUUGGACUCCAGUAAUCGAACCAGAAGUGAAUGGCGUUGAAAGAUUCCUUCCUGACGAUCCAGUAAAAUUGUUGAAAGAAGGAAAUUUUGCACAAGUCCCUUACAUGACUGGGUUUAACAAAGAUGAAUUUGGCAGCGUUAUCUUGUUACCAAUAGCGGAAGCCAAAAAAGGAAACAAUUCUUUCUUCGAGGACUGGAAUACGAAUUGGGAUCACAUCGCACCUAUUAGUUUCCUUUAUGAAAGAGAUACACCAAGGUCUAAGGAAAUUAGUCGAGAAUUAAAUAAAUUUUACAAUCAUGAUAAACCAGUCAGUUUACAAAAUCUGCAAGGAAUGGCCCAUCUCUACUGUGAUGCUGUAAUUGCAUACUCUGUGCAUCGUUUCGUGAAUUUAUUAGCAACUGCAACAGAUAUACCUCUCUACUAUUACCACUUUAUGUACCAAGGAAGAUAUAGUCACGUUUUGGACCCUGAAACUAAUGAACCUUACGGUAUUUCACAUCAUGAUGAAAUGAUGUACAUCUUUUACAUGAAAAAAUUCCCAUUUUUUAAAAAGGAUGACCCAGAAAUACCCACAGUAGAGCGAAUGACUUCCAUUUGGGAACACUUUGCGAAGACUGGAGAACCGAUUCCUAAAAAUAAUGAAUUGUUCAAGAACGUUACUUGGGAGAGAUUUACUAGUGACAAGAAAAGAUACUUAGAAAUUAACAAGGAAUUUUCUUUGAAAAAUGGUCUUAUCAACACUGAGAGGAUGGAACUGUGGGACAGUCUUUUCCCAUUGGAACAAUCACCAAAGCAAUAGAGAAAGAAAAUAAUUAAAUCCAUCACAUCGUUUAUGUACAUAUUGUUUUAUACCUUGGCUGUAUUUCACUUUUAUUAAAAGAGCUUACACGAAAUUUA